UUUGAGAUGAACGAUUUGGUAGUUUAUCAUAAUGGGGGGAUUUGUACUGCCCUGGAUAUACGGAAAUCCAGAGAGAGAUCCAGUGAAGGAAUUUGAACGCCUGUGAAUGUCGGACAUCGUCGGAACACAAGUACAAGGAAAAAAGCGAAGAAUCAAAAACUAGACCGAGAAGCAUGUCCAAUCUCAAGAGAAUAAGCAUAAACGCUUCUGGAAAGCAAGCUCAUCCAGAUAAUACAAAUGAAAAGGAUGACGAAAUAAGGUUUAAAAUAAAGGAACUCAGAGGAAAAAUUAAAAUGAAAGAGCGCGGACAAUAUUCAGAAAAGUUGAGAAACGAAAAAAUCAUGAGGGAAAACGAUAUGGCAAUAUCAGAAAUGCGCAUAGAAAAUAGUCAGUUACGAAAAACAGUUAGAAUGGCUUUAGACAUAGAUCAACUUAUGGUAAAUCAAGCUCUGAUAGAAAGAAAACGACAACGACUUGCGCUGACAGGAAAAACAAGCGAGGUCGCAAUAAAAGAACUUGAUCACACAGUAUGUGAUCUUGCGAGAAAGUUAAAUGAAUUAUCUCAUACUAAGAAAAAAUAUAUGGACAAAAUUACAGAACUAGAGAAGAAACUGUAUGAAAGAACGCAAAACCCUGAAGCUGAUCCUGAAAUAUCUACGAUAGCACGGCAAUUGGAAAACUCUAUAAAUAAAGUGAAGCUAAAAUCUGCGACUGCGUUUCGAAUUCAGGGAGUUUAUCACAAAAUACAGAAAGCGCUUGGGGAUGAGUUAAGAACUUACCCCAAUGAAUUGAACAAAUUGGAAAAGAAAAUUUUGGAACAACGCACAGAAUUGCAAACACUAAGAAACAUACAAAAAUCUGCCAGUGUUGAAAGAGACGAAGCCUUGGAAAACAAGACAGACCUAGAAACCGCAGUCAGAGAAGAUCGACGAGAACGAGAACUCACGAUGAGAGCAAUACGAAAUAAAGUAAAAAACGUUACAACAAUGAUAGAGCUGCCGCAUACAAGAGGAAAACCGACACGUUAUUUAGAAGAAGAAAAACGUUUGGCCGAAAUGGCAAAACGAACUCAGGAAAGAUUGGAAAAAAUAAAAGAAUAUCAAGAAAAGGCAAAUAUGUUAGAAGCAGUCACCGGAAUUCCAUUCAGCAAUAAAGAGAGCAUUGUCAACUGCUUCCGGAAUCAGAAAAAUUCAUCCAGGACAUUGAGAGCGCAGACAACAAAAAAUAGAAAUGCACUUAUCAAAAAGAAAAAACUUCUGAGCGAAUAUAAAUCCCAGUACGAUAAAAUGAUACACGAACACGAAAUGGAGUUGGAGAAGAAAAUUUCAGAGGCUAAAAAACAAGUCAAUCGACUGGAAUUGCGUAAAAAAGAACUAUCAAACAGUCAAAUUAUAACACUUGAACUGAUGGAAGAAGUGCAUGCGUGGUUAGAACCCAUCACAACGAAGUUGCUCAGAGUUUGCGAAAAGUUACAUUUGAAGAGUGCGAAAGCUCUUAUUUGGAAAGCAAAAGAGUGUAUCCGUACUGGAAAAGAUAAACAAGAUAUACGCAAACUGUUCUCUAUAUUCACCGAACUACUAAAUACUCUGAACGAUGAAAUACGAGAGACGGGAAAAACUCAAACAGAUUUUGAGACGGUUUCAAAUAAAGAGGAGGACGCCCUUUUAUCAGAAAGCAACAAUCGAGUUCUUUCCACUUUAGAACGAAAAGAAGAAGAAGAUUUUGACUACAAUACGCCUAACAAUGAUGAAUACCUCUCAAGGACAAGCAUAAAAAGACAGGCAGAAAGCAGGCAGCGCGGGAAUCGUUAUGACAAACUAUAAAUGUUAUUGCUAGUUUUUAAAAAGCCCAUUAAGUUAACAACGCAUAAAGUUAC